GUACACGCAAGCAAUUUGGUAGCCACCUUGUAAGCCGACAAUGUGCUAGUGGUUACGGGACUCUUACAAGCCUUCCGUUUACCUGCCCUUUCAUCCUCUGGAUUGCGUCACGCAGAAAAUGAAGUCAAGGGCGCUGAAGGCAAAGCGGGGAUUCCGACAUCCGCUGCUCCAGGCCUAUGCGCGCGCUCUGCCGGUCACCGUCGACAAAGGCGGGCCAGAUGCCAAAUCUCGAACAGCCGCGUACAAGUAUGCAAAGCAGCUCAUGGCAUCAGAGGCGGGGGAGCCCUUCGACGAACGGGGCUUCGACGCCGCAUUGGAAGUGGAGCGGGAGCUAACGGCCCUGGGGGUGCCCAGACAGAUCGACGCCACGGCCCCUGGCAUCGGCGCCGGUCCUUGCUUUGGCGCUGUCCGCUACAACAUCGGCGGUGGCGGCGCAGGCGGCGGCGGCGGCAGCGGGCACACUGGCGGCGGCGGUGGCGGCCUGGAUGCCGUCGGUAGCAGCGGCGACCUGCACGGCAGUGGUGGCGGCGGCGGCGGCGGCGCGCCCCCUCGGCUGCCAAUGCAGACUUUCGGCGUGGCUGGGGAACUGUUUCCGGCCACGGCAGCCGGGCCGCCCGUUGGCGGCGGCGGGCCCCUGUGCAGCCUGCGCCUGACUGCUACUGCCACUGAUGGGCUGGACGCAGCCUGUGCUACAGCCGCUGGCAGCGGCGGCGGCGCGCUCAUGGGAGCCCCGCCGCGCUCACAAUAUCAUCACCACCACCAGCAGCAGCAGCAGGAGCAGCCUCACAGGCUGUCGUACGGUGACGGGGGGCCGCUGAUGCUGCAGCCGGCCCCAUACCGGCUGAGCGAGGGGGGUGCAGAGCCCGGCGCCUGGCACGAGGGGCCGCACGGGGCAGCGGCGGCGGGCGACCGAAAUCGUCAGGUGCUGCCGCCGCUGCAGCUGUCCGACGACGGACGGGCGCCGCCCAUGGAUGCGGGCCGCGGCGCCUGGGCCGCGAACUUCCCGCCGCACCCUCAGCAACAGCAGCAGCAACAACGGCUGCAGCCCACGCUCGCGCACCGGCAUUCGGGGCAGCUACUGCCGUUGACGGGCUCGCAGGGGCUGCCGCACGCGCAGCUGCAGCCGCGCUUAAGCGAUCGUGAUCCGGUGGAUUUGGAUCCGCAGUGGUCGGGUGGAAUCCAAAACGUUGGGGGCCAGAUGCUGCCGCCCGCCGGCAGUGGUGGCGGCGCCGCCGGCGGCGGUUACGGCGGGCUUGGUCUGGGUCCUGCAGGCCCGGCGGGUGUGGCGGGCGGUUACGGCGGUUACGGCUUCCGGCGUAGCGACGAGGUAAACAACUGGGACCAGCAGCUGCAACCCCACCACCACCAUCAUCACCUCCAUCAUCACCUCCAACAGCAACAACACCUCGCCCUUGCCAACCCGCCGUUUCAUGGUAGCGAGCUCCCCGCUGCCGUCGGCGGUCCCCGCGGCUUCCCUCACUCGCACCACCUGCAGGCGCAGCCGCCGCUGCACCCGCAGCAACCCCUGGAGGCGCAGGGAGGUCGCUGGAGUAGCGGCAGUGGGGCAGGCACAGGCACUGAGCAGCCGCCACGGCUGGACAGUCCGGCUGCCGUCGCAGGGUGCCGCCGGGACUCCAGCAGCCUCGCCAUGCUGCCGCCGCUGCCGCCGCUGCCGCCGCUGCAGCCGCUGCACUCGCACGCGCAGCAGUGGGCGCAGCAGCAGGAGUCGCCCUUGAAAAAGCGCAUGCAGCAACAGCAGCAGCAGCAGCAGCAGCAGCAACAGCAGCAGCAGCAGCAGCAGCAGCAGGCAGCCUUCGCGUCCUAUGGCGGUGUUGCCGGCAGCCCCGGCGGCUCCGGGGCUUCACAUCCCUUUGGAGCCUUUGCGGAUUCGCUGGCAGAUGCGCCCCCGCUACUCGCCUCCCCGUCAGCGCCUGCCGGGAUGCACCGGCGCUCGUUGGGGCUCAUGAGCGGUGGCGGCACGGGCGACGUGCCGGGCGCACUAUUGCCGCCGCUGCCACACGGUGCUGCCGAGAUGUGGGACAGCGCCGGGCGCGAGCACGGCGGCCUGUUGCCGCUCAUGGCACCGCCGCUAUCGCACUUGCAGCAGCAGCAACCGCAGGCUGCGUUUGGAGGGCCGUUCAGUGCCGGUGGUGCCGAGCCACACAUCAGUGACGCGUACGGUGCCCCGCCGCCGCUACCGGGCCGCCGGUCCUCCGAACCGCAGCCCCACUUCCAACACCAGCCGCACCUGCAUCCCCAGCACCCCCAGCAACCCCAACAACCCCAACAACCCCAGCAGCACCAGCAGCAACACCAGCAGCAACCCCAGCAGCAGCAACACCACCAGCAGCACCCCCAGCAGCAGCGCGGGGACCCGGCCGUGCAGCGCAUUCUGUCGGACGUGCGCGAAUCGCGUCAGCGUUGGGGUGACGAGGACGUUGUGUGGCAGGCCAUGCAGGCGCGCCGCCGCCAGCACCAGCACCACGUGAUGAUGAUGCAGCAGCGGCAGCACCCACAGCACCCACAGCACGCCCAGCACCCUGAGCCGCAGCAGGUGGGGCCGGGGCUGGGACCGGGGCUGGCUCCACAGCAGCAGGCGGGCGAGAUGGGGCCGCCUCGGCACCAGCAGCAACAGCAGCAACAGCAGCAACAGCACCAGCAGCGGCAUUCGUUGCCGUCGCCCUUCGACCUGCCUUGGCCCGGGGGCGAUGACGUUGAUGUGCGCGCGGUGCCAGCAGGACCGGCGCCACUACUGGCACCACCGCUGCCGUUGGGGCAACAGCAGCACCGACAAGGGCAGCAACAGGGACAGCUUCAAGGGCCCGAGAUGCAGUUUCCUAAUGUGUCUUUUGCGCUGGUUGGGCAUGGUGAGGGCAUGUUUCCUCCUCCAGCAGCCCAUCCCCAGCUGCCCGACUCCCAUGGGCCGUCGCAGCAGCAGCAGCAGAUGCAGAUGCAGCCCCAGAUCGGUCCCGCUCCGGGCAUGGUACCGCUCCCGUCGUACGCCCAGGACGCCUUCGAUGAGCACCACCAGCAGCAGCAGCAGCAGCAGCCUUUUGAGCGCCGCCGAGGCACCCAAUUUUCGGGGGCGCCAAUGCCGGCGCAGGCUAUGCCGCCCAUGCAGCAUACGCAUCGGUCGCAGUCGCAGCCGCCGGCACCUGCACCCCGUUCCGCGCAGCAGGGUCCGGCUUCUUCGGGCCUGCAGGUCAGCAGCGGCAGUGAUUUGUUCGUGCCCGGCACUUAUGGUGGCUUGGAGGAGGGCACUCGCUUCGGCGCGGCGCGGUUGCCACGGCCCGACUCAACUGGCGAGCUGGGCGGCCCAGCAGGCGAUAUGCCCACGCCCAUGCCGCCGCCACCCGUCACCAGUGCUGCGCCUUCUACUGCUACUGCCACUGCUACUGCCACCACUGGCGCGGGUCCCGCUGGCACCGACGACGGCUAUGGCGCUGACACGCCGGGGCCCAUGAGCUUUGGCGGCGGGUACGGUCCCAGUGACAGUACCGGAGCCGGCGCCGGCGGCUUUGAGGAGUGGGGCUCGUCGGGCGGCGGCAUGCCGCCUCCUCCGCAGCAGCAGCAGCACCACCACCAGCCGCCGCAGCAGCAGCAGGGAUACGACGUGCCGCCGCGGCCGCCCAGCCCGCAGCGGGGCCAGCAGCGCGGCGUGGCAGCAGCGGCGGGCGGAAUGUCCACACCGCAGGAGCCUGCGCGUCAGCAGCAGGAGCCUGCGCGGCAUCAGGAGCCUGCACGGCCCGUGCACGCGCAGCAGCAGGAGCAGCAGCAUGAGGACUAGCAGCAGGGCUUUUUGGAGCCUCACCAGGGCGGCGGCGACGGCCUGUGGUGAGAGCGGCAUGUGCGAAGGAAAUCAUGGCAGGACACCGGGCAUGCCGGGCCAGUGUCACACUGCAACAGAGUUGACCGGAUGGGCGAGAUGGGUUUGCACGUGCGCGCGCGCGGAAGUAAAGCUUAAUGGGGAAGUGCUGAUAGCAGCUGCUGCAAAACAAAAGCACUUGCAAUAUUUCUUCUUUUGACCGCAAUGUGGUCUCGAGUCCGCCUCUAUGACUUGAUAAUUGGGACAUGCCUUCUUAUCAAGCCAUGCCUACUUGCCCUGUACCUAUUAUAAAGUAGUAGCAACACAUGAGCUGCCAAGAUAGAUCAUUCCUCAAGAGCCGCAGCUAGCCUGGGGUGGCAGGCUCGGGCGAGGGUUGCAUCCACGCACGGGUACGUAUGUGCUGCUGCGGCCACGGCCGGCACAGGCCAGGCACUCGCGCCACACGCGUUGUUGUGACGAGUGCCCGCAUUGUGCGCUUCGCGCGACCCGCGCUCACUUCUUUGCAUAUUCACACUUGGUAUGCGCUCGCACGCAGUUUAACUCCGCUGUGCCUUGGCUCUCUGAUGCAUAAUGCGUUGCAGUUGUGGAACGGGGCUAUGCAUGCAUGUAGAUCAGGAGGGCUUGCCGUUUGCAAGGGUGCCUUACGAUGGCAUUGUGGCAUCCAUGCGCAUGAAGAGGAUUGGAACGAGGUUGUGCACGCCACUAUCGGGCAGUCAAGUGUUUCAUUCACUGUGGAGUAGUGCUGACUGAAUAGUGUGGAUCUGCGUGGCUGUCGCCACAUGUGGCACGACGCAGAAUUGGGUGAUGGCGGGGAUGGCCAAGCGGCCAUGUCUUGCUGCGGUUGUCCCCGGCGAGAUUAUUGCUGGCAAGUGCAACGCCGGCCCGGCUCAAGGGGCAAUAAAUGGUGAGGAAGCUUCAGCAGCAGGAGCAGCAGCGGUGGCGGCGGCGGCUUCCCAGAGCCGCAUCAGGGCGGCGUAGUGGCGGCGGUGACGGCACGUGGUGAGAGCUGCAACAUUGGCGCCGGCAGCUCGUAUUGCACGCGCCGGCGUGCUGCCGUAUAACAUUCGAUCGCAAGCGAGGGCCGCUUGUGUCGUACUUCAAGUCAUGUAUGCUUCAUGUGAUAGGAAUGUGACACGAGUGCUCGGGCUCUGUGCUCUCUGGCCGAUUGUCGAGCGAGCAGGUUCGACUUAGUGGUUUGACAGCUGCCUCACCCUGCUGGUUAGCGCACGUGCUUGAGUGCUGUGCCGCAGUUGGGGGACGGAGCUCGGGUGUGCAUGAGUAAAGUUGGUGGUUGGCUACAGCAUGCUAGCAUAGCAGAGGUUGCCAUCAACGCAAAAGGAAAGCAUUUGCGUCGCGGACGGGCUCUGCUUUCCUCGGCCAUCAGGCAUGCACUGCAAACAUGCAUGCAUGCCGAGCGAGCAGGCACCUACGGUAUCUGUUUGCUACAGGCGCGAGCACAUAUUUGCUUUUGUUCUCACGGGACCAGGGGUCGUAUCUUGUUUUAACAAUCAGAGAGAUUGUUUUCGUUUUAACCCAACGUACUA